AUGAGCAACUUCCAGGAAGACCCUCCCGCUGUUAUCGCGGGCAUCGUCACUAUGUUUCUAGAAGCGUGUCUGGGCCUCGACCUGGUUAAAUUCUUGGGACACUACGCAGUGACGACAGUCGCGGACGACACAUGCUUUUCAAAGAGCCGAUACCCAAUCUCACGUCCUGGUCAACCAUAA